CGGGCGUCACGUGUCGCGGCGUGCGCCGCUGCCUUGGAAACGCGGCGCGCGUGCUCCCCGGCGGAGCGGCCGUGCGAGGCCGGGCCUCGUGCCGGGGGAAGGGGCUGCUCCGGACCGCGAUGCUGUGCUCCCGAGGGCUGGGCGGCCUCCGCGCCCGGGCAGCGCCUCUGCGGCCGGGGCGAGCGGGCCUGGGCGGCCUCGGAGCCGGGAUCCGGGCCCGGGGGGUCAGCACCAGCUGGUCCCCGGUGGGCGCCGCCUUCAAUGUCAAGCCCCAGGGCCGCCGCCUGGACCUCUUCGGCGAGCGCCGGGGUCUUUUUGGAGUUCCCGAGCUCAGUUCCCCAGAAGGAUUUCGUAUUGCACAAGAAAAUGCCUUGAGAAAGACGGACUUGCUCGUGGAGCGUGCGCGCUGCACGCCCCCCGGGCCGCAGACCGUGCUCAUCUUUGACGAGCUCUCCGACUCCUUGUGCCGCGUGGCUGACUUGGCUGAUUUUGUGAAAAUUGCUCAUCCUGAGCCAGCAUUCAGAGAGGCGGCGGAAGAAGCUUGUAGAAGCAUUGGCACCGUGGUGGAGAAGUUGAACACAAAUGUGGAAUUGUAUCAAAGUUUGCAAAAAUUACUAGCUGAUGAAAAGCUCAUGGAUUCGCUUGAUCCAGAAACCAGGCGAGUGGCUGAACUGUUUAUGUUUGAUUUUGAAAUCAGUGGAAUCCAUCUAGACAAAGAAAAGCGUAAAAGAGCAGUGGACUUGAAUGUUAAAAUCUUGGAUUUGAGUAGUACAUUUCUCAUGGGAACCAACUUUCCUACCAAGAUUGAGAAGCAUCUUUUACCAGCACACAUUCAUCAUAACUUUGUAUUCACCGGAGAUCAUGUUAUAAUUGAUGGUUUGCAUGCGGAAGCACCAGAUGCCUUGGUGCGAGAAGCUGCUUAUAAAAUCUUUCUUUAUCCCAAUGCCGAUCAGUUGAAAUGUUUGGAAGAACUGCUCAGCAGCAGAGACCUUCUGGCAAAGUUAGUAGGGUAUUCCACAUAUUCCCACAGAGCUCUCCAAGGAACCAUAGCUAAAAAUCCAGAGACUGUCAUGGAGUUCCUUGAGAAACUGUCUGACAAGCUUUCUGAAAGAACUAUAAAAGAUUUUGAGAUGAUACGAGGGAUGAAAAUGAAACUAAAUCCUCAAAAUUCUGAAUUAAUGCCUUGGGAUCCUCCUUACUACAGUGGUGUGAUUCGUGCAGAGAGGUAUAAUAUUGAGCCCAGUUUAUAUUGCCCAUUUUUCUCCCUUGGAGCAUGCAUGGAAGGCCUGAAUAUUUUGUUUAACAAACUGUUAGGGAUUUCGUUAUAUGCAGAGCAGCCUGCAAAAGGAGAGGUGUGGUGUGAAGAUGUUCGGAAACUGGCUGUCGUUCAUGAAUCUGAAGGAUUGCUGGGGUACGUUUACUGUGAUUUUUUUCAGCGAGCAGACAAACCACAUCAGGAUUGCCACUUUACAAUCCGUGGAGGCAGAUUAAAGGAAGAUGGAGACUAUCAACUCCCAGUUGUAGUUCUUAUGCUCAAUCUUCCUCAUUCCUCAAGGAAUUUACCAACUUUAUUAACUCCUGGAAUGAUGGAAAAUCUUUUCCAUGAAAUGGGACAUGCCAUGCAUUCUAUGCUGGGACGUACCCGUUAUCAACACGUCACCGGGACCAGGUGCCCCACUGACUUUGCUGAGGUUCCUUCUAUUCUGAUGGAGUACUUUGCAAAUGAUUAUCGAGUGGUUAACCAGUUUGCCAGGCAUUAUCAAACCGGCCAGUCACUGCCCAAAAAUAUGGUGUCUCGUCUUUGUGAAUCUAAAAAAGUUUGUGCUGCAGCUGAUAUGCAGCUUCAGGUCUUUUAUGCCACUCUGGAUCAAAUCUACCAUGGGAAGCAUCCCCUGAGGAAGUCAACCACUGACAUUCUCAAGGAAACACAGGAGAAGUUUUAUGGCUUACCAUACGUUCCAAAUACCGCCUGGCAGCUGCGGUUCAGCCACCUCGUGGGCUACGGUGCCAAAUACUACUCCUACCUGAUGUCCAGGGCAGUAGCUUCCAUGGUUUGGAAGGAAUGUUUUCUACAGGAUCCUUUUAACAGGGCGGCAGGAGAGCGCUACCGCAGGGAGAUGCUGGCGCACGGCGGGGGCAAGGAGCCCAUGCUCAUGGUUCAAGGUAUGCUUCAGAAGUGUCCUUCUAUUGAUGACUUUGUAAGUGCCCUCGUUUCUGACUUGGAUCUGGACUUCGAAACUUUCCUCAUGGAUUCCGAAUGAUGGAAACACCUCGAAUCUUUUAAAUCAAGGUCAUGUGGAUAUUAACUUUGUUGUAAAUGCAGCUGUGAACACUCGUUCCUGAUUUCAAUAUUCACUUCUGUAAUAACUUCUGAAAAACCUUAAACUGAUGGAACUUGGAAUAAAUAAUUUGUUUUAAUUA